AUGGUCAUUCUGAAAAGACUGGUAACCAACAAGGCUGUGGUUAUAUUCAGCAAGAGCUCUUGCUGUAUAUGCCACAACAUUAGGACACUGAUAUGCAGCUUCGGGGCAAAUCCUACUGUUUAUGAGCUUGAUGAACACCCAGAUGGUCAAAUAAUCGAGAGGGAACUCAAAGCCUUAGGGUGUAAACCAUGUACCCCAACCGUUUUUAUAGGCCAGGAGCUGAUUGGUGGAGCCAAUGAGAUGGAUGUUAUGAUUAAGUUAUUUGUGUAUCAAGCACCUAGUUCAAGGUCAUUCUUUACUGAGAUAAUAGCCUCUAUUUCAGAUAUAAAAUUUGGAAGAGAUGGAAGAUAUAUUCUAAGUCGUGAUUACAUGACCCUUAAGUUAUGGGACAUCAACAUGGACUCUGGUCCAGUUUCAACAUUUCAGGUCCAUGAAUAUUUAAGACCUAAGCUAUGUGAUUUAUAUGAAAACGAUUCUAUUUUCGAUAAAUUUGAAUGCUAUAUGAUAAUACUAAUAAUAAUAAUAAUAAUGUAUCUUCUGAGUAUGACUAGAGAGUGGAUUAAUGUGUUUUUGGUGUAG